ACUUUUUGCUGUCGAUCUAUAUCUUUAAAAAUGGUUUUGUUGGAUGUGUAGUUGAGCCAAAUAUGGGAUGCAUUCAAAUUAUUGGCAAAUGCAUUAAGAUUCCAGACUGUAGUGCGUCAUGCAGGAAAUUCCUUGGGCCACAGGCAAGUGGCUUCUGUGACAACGAUGGUGCUGGUGGAACAUGUAUUUGUACUUACCCAUGUCCGACUAAGGAAACGCAUAUGUGAUUUCUGAUGUACAUUGAAAUCUCAAAUUCUCCAAAUUAUAUAGGUAGAAAUCAAAAUUCAAAAUAAUGUCAAGAUCGUAGGUACUACGGUUUUUUUGUAAUAUUGUUAGAGCAAUAUUUUGCAAUCGACAAUUUGGUAUCAAUAUAAGUUACGAGAAAAUGAUAUUUUCAAUUGGAUAUUAGAGUUGUGAACUGUCGUGCCAUCUUGCAGUGGCGGAUCCAGAAACUAUUUUUAUAUGGGAUACGCUUAGGUUAAGGGUGUGCCCUAUAUAUAUCAAAUACGUGAAUCGGAUUUUUCAAAAUUCGCCAUGUUCUCUCUGAUUUUUUUUAAAAUAUUUCGGAUAUUAUCGGAUUAUUUUGAUAGAUUCGGAUUCAGAUAAUACUUGAAUCAAACAAUAUCCAAAACAUAUAGGUUCUAGACUUGUUCUCCAAUCAAUUAUCCGAACUGACUUGGGCCUAAAAUAGGCAUGACAUUCGGAUAUUGGUUUGGGUUCGGUUUGGAAAUUUUGGUACUAGAAGUCAAGGUAUCAUUCAUGCAUUUUAAAAUUUCAAUUCGGCUACGAUUCGAUACUUUUCGGGUUCGGGCGAUUUGAAUAGCUGAUUCGAGAACCAAAAUUGAUAUUUUUCGGAUAUUGUUUGGUUCGAGUACUUUUUACAUGAUUCGACCCAAAAAACCUGAAAAAUAUCUAAAAUAUUAAAUACCCAAAAACCUCAUAAUUUAGUCCAAUGAAAAAGGUAUAAUAGAGGAGUAAAAUUUUAUAAGUACUGUUUGAGUCAAUUACUUUGGUCUUUGUACCCAAACCUAUCAAAAUUACCCAAGAUGUCUGAUUAAGCCGGCAAAUAAAUUUUAGAGGGAGUAACAUGUUUAGUUGAAUUUGAGAUAUAUCUAGGUAACCGUUCGGUUUCGGGUAUUAUAUUAUCGAAACGAAACGAUACCUUAAGUAGCUGAA